AUGAAGCUACCUAAAAUGGACACCAGUCCACUGCAGAGCACUGACUGCGAAGAUUCCAAGAGUGCCGAAAUGAGCUUAGGUCUCUUGGUGUCACCUGUCUGUGUCCCCCACAUGGACAGUGUGGAGAAAGGCUCACUGGCUCGGCUCCUGUGGGAACACAGAGGACCUCUUGAGAAACUGCCAGGAGCUGAAAAGAAAUAUCAGAGUUCACUGUCGAAUUCGUCCUUUCUUGCCUUUGGAUUGCGGGGCUGUACAUGUGGGAGCCUUAAAUACCAUGUAAGUGACUACAGUGAGGACAGAAACAUGGGAUGGAAAGCAAGCUCCAGCUCCCGAGAAGCGGCCCACACUGUGGACGAGGAAACCAUUGUGGUGCAGUGUCAUCGGCCUGGCCAUCCUUUGAUUAAUAAGACAUAUAAUUUUGAAAGAGUCUAUCGUCCAGCAGAACCUCAGACAGCAGUGUUUGCGGAUGUGUGCCUACUACUUACCUCCCUCUUGGAUGGGUACAAUAUAGCGAAGAGCUACACCAUAUUGGGACCAGGGCUACCAUCAGACGCCCACAGCGACUUGGGACUUAUCCCCAGAGCGGUUGAGGAGCUCUUCAGGCUUAUUUCAGGAAACCCAUCAGAAAGCCCAAAAGUGGAUGUUUCCAUAGUGGAAAUUUAUAACAACAACAUUUUUGAUCUUCUGGCCAAAGACAAUUCCACAGUGGUGUCUGGGUCAAGCGUGAGGUGGUCAGUUCAAGUGCAGAAAAGAAACCCACUCACCAAGAAACGCUUCGUGGGGCUGCAGGGUCUAAGAGUGAGCACUGGAGACACCAAAGUUGGCUUUGUCUCCUUUCUGGAAGUCAGUGUACCUGAUUUCAUUGAGAGGCAUCUGUUAACAGAGAGGUGUUCAAUUGGCCUGUGGCUAAGCCGCUGGCCCUUGGUGAUCAGCCUUGGAGGUGUGUAUGCCCUGCCUUUUGGGGUACCCUUUAAAACAUGUCUUCUCAGGGCCAUCACCAGUGUGCUGGAGUUCAUGGAGCUUCUCCACCAAGGCCUGCAGCUCAGGGCGAGGAACCCUACCCCCGUGCAUGUGGAGUCUUCCCGAUCUCACCUAAUCAUAACGGUGACUCUGACCACAGCCACCUCCCUGGCAGCGUCGACCGGCGGCCUGGUCAGACUCUCCCUGGGGAGCGCACAGGAGCAGGUAAGAGGUGGAGCUCAGCUCACAGGCUUCGCCUCCCGGGCCGUCCCUGUGGACCCUGGAGGCCGUAGGAAGCAAGUGCGGCCCAGGCUGCAGUUGGUGGACUUGGCCGGCAGUGAGUGUGCAGGUGUGUCUGGGGUGACAGGCUUGGCGCUGAGGGAGACCUCAUUCAUCAACCGCAGUCUCACGGCCCUGGCAGACAUCUUGGGCGCCUUGUCAGAGCACCGGGGCCACAUCCCAUACUGGAACAGCAAGCUUACCCACUUGCUGCAGGACUCCAUCGGAGGUGAUACAAAGUUACUAGUGAUUCUGUGCGUGUUCCCUGGGCAGAAGCACGUGGUGGAGACACUGCAGAGCCUUGGCUUUGGGACUAGAGCGCAGCAGGUCAAGCGAGGAUGGGUCAGGAAAAAGCCUCCUCACUCCCAGGUCAAGGAGUUGUGCCUGGGCUCAGCCUAGGAAUGAGUUCUCCUCCCUGAAUACGUGCUCCUUGUGCCUGCUGUACGAAGGGUGUGCCUGAGAAAUAAACGUUUUGUUCAGA